AUGUCGGUUGUCAAAUGACAAAAGUGCAUAAUUUAUUUAAACGACGAAAUGUACUCUACUCAAUCCGAUCUUACAAUAAAAAAAACACAAAAAGAUGUAAAUUUAGUUGAACAGAUCUUAGAACAAGGUCAGAGGUUAAGGAAUUCUAUGGUUAAAGCAAUUUUAGACAAUGACCCAACAAAUAAUAAAUUCUUACAAAAAUCUGAACAAAUCGACGACUUAGAAAUUAGAACAAUAUGUUCAAGUGAUGAUAGAAGUGAGGUUACUUUAGAGGAGAAACAUAAAUUUUUAGCUUACUUACGAGGUGAGCAAAUGACAAGAAAUGAAGAGAAAAAAGUGUUGGAAACAUUUCGGGCAAUGUCUAACAUAGAUCUAAUUGAUAUAACCGAUCGAUCACUUCAUUCUGAUUAUAGCUGUAACUGUGAUACAUGUAGAGAAUAUUAUAAUCAUCAUCAAAGCCUGCCUCAAAAGAGUUCAAAGGUUCCAUUGCUUAAUUUGAAAGAUGAAGUGAAAUUUAAGCAGAAAAGUAAUAAACUAAAUUAUUUAAAGUACAUUGAUUCAUUAAAAAUUAGGGUACACAGUGUUUAUUUAAAUCAAGAGGGGAUUAGAAAAGUUUAUGGAAAUUCUUACAAUAAAAAUAAAUGUUAUAAUUAUCCCUUAAGUUUAAAUCACACAUACUUUUUGGAAUAUAAAAUUCCUUCUUUAAUAUCAAAAGCUACAAAAGCUAAGAUUUCUAAAGUCGAUUCUGGUUUAGAUUCCGGAAAUUUUGUCAGAAUGUGCUCUAGAAAAGUUCAAGAUGAGACAAUAAUUUUUAAACAAAUCUCACUUCAUGAAAUUCAACACAUUGAAAACGUUAAUUUACAAACAUUAGAAAUUAAAUUUCAAAUUAGCUCAAGAACCCAUCGGCAAAAAAGUAUAAAUGUUCUUGGUACAGCAACAUUUAACUUAAACCUUUUAUUAGAAAACGAAAAUUUUACAGCAAAUAAUGACUUAUUAAUUUUCCAAAACGAGGCUCCUAUUGUUAUUGGAAAAUUAAAAAUUGGUUUAGAAUUUGGUUGUGGGCAAUCUUAUUUUGGUGAAAAUUUUUUAAGAACAUUAGAUCCUUUGAAAGAAAGAAACCUUGGAGAUGACAUGAAUCAUGUUAAUACGGAAAUAUUUAGUGAUGAUGAUGAAGUUUUACCUGAGACGAAUCGUUUUGAAGUUGAAAAAGCACCCAUAAAAGAAAAUGAAACUUUUGGGGUUGGAAAUAAAACUGUUCAGAUAUUACAUGAAAAUGUGACUGACAUAAAAGAAAUUGAUAGUAGAGUUGUUGUUGAUGUAAAGGAGGUGGAAGAGAAAAAGAUGACUCAAAAUGUAAACAUUGGAAACAUUUCAAUGAUUAAUUCUAAUAGUUAUUAUAACCAAGUUUUAUUCGGAUUUUUCUUUGUGGGAGAAGCCUGUUUCGAAGAAAUUAGGAGUACCUAUGUUACCUGUAAUCCAUUUUGUCAAAAUGACACCUUAUACAGUCGAGUAAUUCCUGAAAGCAAGACACCUCUUUAUAAUUUUCAACAGUCUCUACCGUUUCUCAUCGAUGAAUCAUUUUUAAACACGCUGCGCAGCAAUUUUAUGAUCUUCGAGUUUUGGAUUAAAUCAGAAACAAACAAAAAUAUUGGAAUUGCUAAUAUUAAUCUACACCAAUUUUACGUUUCAUAUAGAAACCCAAUUAUCACAAAAUACUUAGAACGAAACAAAUUGCCAGUUAUAGGUUGUGAUUGGUGGGAAUCAAUUUACGAUCCUUUAAACGGAGACGUUUUUGGCGAAGCACAAAUAUUAGUGGCUCUUGGAACGGAAGAUCAAAUUCUAAAUUUAAAAAAGGAAAGAGGUUUUAUAAAUGAUACCAUUCGGGUGAAAACUACGCGAAACUUUAAAAAUGAUAAUGAAAACAACAAAGUUUUACCUGGAGUAAAUAAAAAAGUAAAUAAAAAUCGUAACACAUUGAGAAUUAAUAAAAAACCAAAUCCGAUUAAGUCUAAAAGUAAAGAUAUCGGAAUUCAAUCCGACAUUGUAAUAAACGAAAUCACUAAAAUGGACUCAUCAAAAUUAGAGGAUAAUAACGAUAAAGUGGAAGUUAAAGAAUCCGAAAAUUAUACGGCAAUCGCUUCGUUUCUACAAACGUUAAUGACAAUGAAUAACAAAACUUUUAAGGAAAAUUGUACCAACACAGAAGCUGCAACAAGUUCUCUUAAAGCAUCUCCAAAUAUCACUCAAGAUUCGCCUUUAAAAUUGACUGAGAAAUCCUUAACAGAAACGUUGGGUCUUAAUGCAAUAAAAGAAAAAUCUACCACAUUUAAAGCUCAUAUUUUCAUAGAAAAUGCGUUACAUCUUCCAUUUCGUAAGAAAAGUAAAACUAAAAAGUCGAGAGGAAAAAGUGGAAAGUAUGAAGAGAUUUUGCCGAGUUGUUACGUUACUUUUGAAACUGUCAAUGGUGAUAUAAAAAUGACUAAUGUUGUUCAGAAAAGUAAAAAUCCUGUUUGGAAUUAUAAUAGCGAUGUUGAAUUACCUAAGGAAUUAUUAACAAAUGUAAGUAAUAGAAUUAAUACUUUUAGAAUCCCACUUUUUUUUGGUUUCAUUACAUCUAAGUUUCUGAAAUUUUGUUUAAACGAAAAGGUCAUCCUGAUCUUUAUAUCUAAAAUAUUUUCUUCCCACUUCCGGUUCACCGGAUUAGACAAAAAAUUGUUAUUUUAAAUGGAAU